AUGGUUGCGGCUGUCAUCUCCGCCAAUCCGUUGCAGCUGGAUAUCAGCAGCCACAAGAAGUGUCUGUUGAUCUGCUUCAUCGUUACCCUUGCCAGCUUCCAGUAUGGCCUAGACUAUGGCCUAGUCGGUGGCUUCAUGGCGAUGCCUGGCUUUCUCAGGGUGUAUGGCUACUAUGACGAACAGAAGCAAAAAUGGGCCAUCGACCCGACCGUACAGCAGCUUAUCUCGUCGCUGAUGACUAUCGGGACCUUCGUGGGCUCGCUGCUUGUUGGUCCCUUCAGCUCAAAAUUUGGCCGAAGGAUGGGUUUGUGGUCAGCCUCCAUUUUGAACUUUGUUUCGACAGCUGUGAUGCUUGGGACCACGAGCAUCGGUGCCCUCUACGCUGCCCGUUUUCUCCUCGGCAUCUCUGUCGGCUGGUUCCUCACCUUCGCUCAGGUCUACGUUAACGAAGUAGCCCCAGCUCAUCUCCGAGGUAUAGCGUUUGCCGUAUACCAAACCCAACUCUCCUCCGGCUCCAUCGUGGGCGCAGCCGUCGACUACGGCACGCAUCUCAUGCAAGGAAAGGAGGCGUACCGUAUUCCUUUGGCUGUCUUCUUCGUAGUGCCUACGAUCCAGACGAUCUCCCUCUUUUUCUUCCCCGAAAGCCCUCGCUGGCUGAUGACCCAGGGGAGAGAGGACGACGCUGAGGCAUCACUGAGGAAGCUCCGUAACAGGAGCAUCAAGGAGAGCGAGUUCCAAGCGGAAUUUAAUGAGAUCCGCAUCUCGACCGCCGAGCAGAUAGAGAAUAGCGCAAACAAGAAGCUAUGGAUCGAGAUGUGGAAGGGAACCGACCUCCGUCGAACCCUGCUCUCCAUUGCGAUUAUCUGCUUCCACUGCGCAAAUGGCUCCUCAUGGUUGAACAUUUACACCACCUAUUUUCUCGACGUCGCAGGCGUCAAGGAGGCAUUUGCCUACUCCACCAUGGUGACCUGCAUGGGUCUGAUCGGUGUUCUCAGCAGCUUAUUCUUUGUUCGGCGUCUCGACCGCCGCCUCAUUGUCAUGCUUGGCGUUGGCGCGUGUGGCUGCUGCCAACUCGCGUUUGCUGUUGCAUGGACGGUGGCGCCAGAGAGUGCCGCUGCCGCCAAGGCUGUGAUCGCCUUCAUAUCGCUGUUCACCUUCGCCUACGUAGCCUAUGCACCAUAUGCCUGGCUCCUGGGAGGCGAGUACCCCAACAACCAUCUCCGUGCUCACACCUACGGAGUCGCUACGGCUCUCAACUUCCUUGGGAACUGGCUUGGUGUUUUCACUGCGCCAUAUUUCAUCAACCCCGCUAGUCUUGGAUGGCGCGCCAAAUACGGUUAUAUCUGGUUUGGUUCAAACGCGGUCCUACUCAUCUUCACCUACUUCUUUAUACCCGAGACUCGCGACCGCACCCUCGAAGAAAUUCACGAGAUGUUCCAGGCUAAGCUCCCGGCUAGGAAGUUCAAGACGUACGUCUGCACGGGCACCGAAACUAUGGCAAAGGCUGCCAUUGCGAAGGAAAUGGAGCUCGGAAAUGUCGAUCAUAUAGAGAGAACAUCUACGGUUUAA